GGGCCUCGGCCGGGCGCCCGCGUCACGUGACGCGCCCAGCAUGGCGGCGACCGGAGGCCUGGCCGGUUCCCGGAAGCGGGCUGUGAGGGGCGGGCGCGCUGCUGGAGCCCGAGCGGAGCCGUAACCAGAGCUGGGAGGGCGGCCCGGCGGCCUGGAGCCGGACGUGUCCGGGGCGUCCCCGCAGACCGGGGCAGCAGGUCGUCCGGGGGCCCACCAUGCUGGUGACUGCCUACCUGGCUUUUGUGGGCCUCCUGGCCUCCUGCCUGGGGCUGGAACUGUCAAGAUGCCGGGCUAAGCCCCCUGGAAGGGCCUGCAGCAAUCCCUCCUUCCUUCAGUUUCAGCUGGACUUCUAUCAGGUCUACUUCCUGGCCCUGGCAGCUGAUUGGCUCCAGGCUCCCUACCUGUAUAAACUGUAUCAGCAUUACUACUUCCUGGAGGGUCAGAUUGCCAUCCUGUAUGUCUGUGGCCUCGCCUCUACAGUCCUCUUUGGCCUCGUAGCCUCCUCCCUUGUGGACUGGCUGGGUCGGAAGAAGUCUUGUGUUCUCUUCUCCCUCACGUACUCUCUGUGCUGCCUAACCAAAUUGUCUCAGGACUACUUUGUGCUGCUGGUGGGCCGAGCACUUGGUGGGCUGUCCACCGCCCUCCUCUUCUCAGCCUUUGAGGCCUGGUACAUCCAUGAACACGUGGAGCGGCAUGACUUCCCUGCUGAGUGGAUCCCGGCUACCUUUGCCCGCGCUGCCUUCUGGAACCAUGUGCUGGCUGUAGUAGCAGGUGUGGCAGCUGAGGCUGUGGCCAGCUGGAUGGGACUGGGGCCUGUAGCCCCCUUUGUGGCUGCCAUUCCUCUCCUGGCCCUGGCUGGGGCCUUGGCCCUUCGCAACUGGGGAGAGAACUAUGACCGGCAGCGUGCCUUCUCAAGGACCUGCGCUGGAGGCCUGCGCUGCCUCCUGUCAGACCGGCGCGUGCUGCUGCUGGGCACCAUACAGGCCCUGUUUGAGAGCGUCAUCUUCAUCUUCGUCUUCCUCUGGACACCUGUGCUGGACCCACAUGGAGCCCCACUGGGCAUUGUCUUCUCCAGCUUCAUGGCAGCUAGUCUGCUGGGCUCUUCCCUGUACCGCAUUGCUACCUCCAAGAGGUACCACCUUCAGCCCAUGCACCUACUCUCCCUUGCUGUCCUCAUCGUCGUCUUUUCUCUCUUCAUGUUGACUUUCUCCACCAGCCCAGGCCAGGAGAGUCCGGUGGAGUCCUUCAUUGCCUUUCUUCUCAUUGAGUUGGCCUGUGGGCUGUACUUUCCCAGCAUGAGCUUCCUGCGGAGAAAAGUGAUCCCCGAGACAGAACAAGCUGGUGUCUUAAACUGGUUUCGGGUGCCCCUGCACUUACUGGCCUGCCUGGGCCUCCUUGUCCUCCAUGACAGUGACCGAAAGACAGGCACUCGGAAUAUGUUCAGCAUCUGCUCUGCCGUUAUGGUGAUGGCUCUGCUGGCAGUGGUGGGGCUCUUCACAGUGGUAAGGCAUGAUGCUGAGCUCCGGGUGCCCUCCCCUACUGGGGAACCCUAUGCCCCUGAGCUCUAGCCUGGUUCUAGAACAAGGGCUCUGAAAUGGACCCUUUUUUUUUUUUUUUUUGUACGGGGAGUCGAACUUAGGACCUUGCGCUUGCCAGGCAGG